AUGUCUGUUUAUCACGGUACAAGCAACAACGACUACUUGGCAGUCGAUCGUCGAGAAUCAUCUUCAUCCUCUCCAAUGCCUCCAACGCCUCGGCCAUCUAUAUCAGACCAGGGCUGUGGCAGCUCUGUGAAUAACGAUGAAGGCCUAACUGUCUCCUCAAAUGCUGGAUCCAGCUCGGUCCCUCUCCCAUUACCUAGCCCGGGGAUUGUAUUUUCUAAACAAGAGGAUUUUGAAGAGUAUCAAACGGACUCACGACAAGCUCAAGCAUAUCACAAUGGCGUAAGUGCCAACGUUGCCCUCCCUCGUACCAGUAGCCAAGCUAAGCCAAGACAAAGCCAAGCAAGUGCCAACUCUCUCAGCAGACACACCUAUAAUGAAACAUAUUCCAGCUCAAUGAACUCACUGAAUUCUUUUACCUCAUCUACAUCCAACCACUUACCGCCUCGUGUCAGUAGUUAUAACAACAGUUCGACAAAUAUAAGCGGACUUACCAGAAGUACUUCUUCUAGCGCUGGCUCGAGUUCCUCUUCUACACCCAAACCGAUGUUGAAUUCUAGAUCUACUUCAACUGGCGCGAGAUUUCAGCGAGUUAAUCGACAAGCUAGCCAUGGCAACACUAUCUCGCCUGAUGAGACAAUAGCUGAAGCGUUAUCAGCCAAAUUGAAGUCUAACCUUGCAUUAUCUACCUCUCCUUCUGCAUCGCCACCACCUGUUUCGGUCGCAUCAUCUCCAUCCCUAUCUACUCUUUCUCCUUCAUCGGCAAAUGGAACCAAUUCGCCUGCAUUAGGUUCAACUCCUCCAACCCAGUGGGCUGCUUCGGCUAUUAUGAAUGGUGGUAUUGCUUCGGUAUCACCAGAUGUCCAUGCCCGUAUUCUCACAUUCCAACAGUCGCGUCAAUCACGGUCUAACUCGGGCUCAAACGCUGCCUUGAACUUCAUCCCUGGAUCAGUACCCUUGCUUCCUAACGAUGGUGCUCCAGCUGGCAGCCCCUCAUCACCUAAUCUUGUUGGUUUGACAGGAGGCAACAUGUGCACACCUCAAGCCAUAAAAGAUAAUUUGUCACGCUCGUCAUCGUCUAGUUCGUCUUCUUCAUACUCCAACUAUUCACGAACGAUAUCGUCAUACUCGUCCCCUAUUGUAUCACCACAUCCAGAAGAUAAGGGAAGUGAAAAACUCCCACCGGCACGGCAGCUUGCACAACCUUUGCAAUUAUCACAAAAAACAUCAAAUUUGCAGAUUAAAAUCCCAUCCACUAUAGAGGACUCGGAUGGAACUGAUAGUGGUGAUGAUCACGGAACGGCAAACCCAACUAUUGAGUCAGCAGCUACAAUCGUUCCAUCUGCAGACUCAUCGCUUAAUACACCUCAGUCAGCAACUCAGACUGGCAAGCCAUUUUCUGGAGCAUUAUUUAUAAACUCCGUGUCCCAAGGAACCAAAAUCCCCACUCAGAGACCUUCGCUUUCUGAAAGACGAGGACUGAAAUUAUCUGAUAUGAGUCAACCUCCACCUAUCCCCAAGCUGAAGUCACAUCCUUUACUACCGUCGACUGGGACUGGUAGGUCAACCUCACUUCUUGAUCGGAGAAUGCAAGCCUCUGCACCGGCAGGACUUUUCCCUAAGUGGUCAGGAAAGCUUAAUAUGGACCCUUCUUCCGAAAGGGCUACCCCAAACAUUUCAGGAGGUGAAGGUGACCAGGCUAAUGGUGCUGAUAGUGGUUCUGGACCGGGAGCUCAGGCACCAGUAGUGUUACGGCCGCCUGGCGUAGGUGGGUUCAACAGGCAAAACAGUCUUUUCUCGAAUUACAAAAAGUAUGUUGACGUGAAAAGUGGCUCACUUAAUUUUGCAGGAAAGGCCUCUCUUCAUUCUAAAGGUGUGGAUUUUUCGUCUGGCUCGAGUUUCAGAAUAUCCAUUGACGAAUUUGAGCCUAUGGGAGAAUUAGGUAGAGGAAACUAUGGCACUGUUACAAAAGUUCUUCACAAGCCAACGAAAGUCAUUAUGGCAAUGAAGGAAAUUCGUCUAGAGUUGGAUGAGACCAAAUUUAGACAAAUCUUAAUGGAACUGGAGAUUCUACACAAGUGCGACUCGCCUUACAUAGUAGACUUUUACGGAGCGUUCUUUGUGGAAGGAGCCGUUUACAUGUGCAUGGAGUAUAUGGAUGGUGGGUCACUUAAUAAUAUCUAUCAAGGAGGUGUCGAAGACAGAUAUUUAGCUAUCAUCACUGACUCAGUAGUUCGCGGACUGAAGAAAUUGAAAGACGAACAUAAUAUUAUCCAUCGUGACGUGAAACCUACCAAUAUUCUUGUUUCAACCUCAGGCAAGGUCAAACUGUGCGACUUUGGUGUCAGUGGCAAUCUUGUAGCCUCAAUUGCACGUACAAAUGUUGGGUGUCAGUCAUAUAUGGCCCCAGAGCGUAUCCGAUCCAAAAAUCCCAAUGAGGCUAUUACAUAUACCGUUGAGAGUGACAUUUGGUCACUUGGACUCAGUUUGAUUGAGAUUGCCCGUGGCGAAUACCCGUAUCCAGCAGAUACGCACAACAGUAUUUAUUCUCAACUGAUGGCCAUUCUAGACGGCGAACCACCAUGUCUUCCCGAUGAUAAGUACUCUCCAGAAGCCCGUGCUUUUGUUGCACAAUGCCUUAAUAAAACUGCCCGACUGCGACCAUCAUAUGCUGAACUUUUGAAGCACCCUUGGCUUGUAAAUAUUGAGCAGGAACUAGCACACUCACCGACACUGGAGGUCGAGUUUGGUGCUUUUGUCAAACGGUCUGUUGAGAGAAACAAUCAUCGUGAAAAUUAA